UCUGGUCUGACAGCCUUGAACUAACACUGCUAGCAAUUCAGUUAGAUAUCAAACAUGGCAACUGAUACGCACUGCUCUUCUCAAACUCUGUUUAUGGUCACGGGUGUCCUUGUCUUCGUGUAUGUCCUUCUGAAGCUCACCUGGACGAUUCUGCAUGGGAUUAGAGUUUAUGUGCUUUCUGAGAUCUGGAAGGUUAAUCUGCAUUACUAUGGCAAAUGGGCAGUUGUAACUGGAGCAACAGGAGGAAUUGGAAAAGCCUACGCUAAUGAGCUGGCAAAGAGAGGUUUGAAUGUGGUUCUUAUUAGUCGUUCACUGGAGAAGCUGAAACAGGUGGCAACAGAAAUAGAAGAAAAGUAUGGAGGAAAGACAAAAGUCAUACAAGCAGACUUCACCAGUGGAGGACCUAUCUAUGAUACAAUACAGUCAAGCCUCAAGGAUCUAGAAAUUGGAAUUCUGGUGAACAAUGUAGGAAUGACCUUUACUGAAGUACCAUCUUACUUCCUGGAUGCUACAGAACUUGAGAAGAGAAUAUCAAAUUUGAUCAACUGCAACAUGUUGUCGAUGGCACAGAUGACAAGAAUUGUACUUCCACAGAUGGUUGAAAGGAAAAAGGGUGUCAUCAUCAACAUAUCAUCUGGAGCUGGGUGUUUUCCUCUUCCACUUAUGGCUAUGUAUUCUGCUUCAAAGGCCUUUGUGGAUUUCUUUUCAAGAGGACUACAUGCAGAGUACAGUUCCAAAGGCAUCAUUGUGCAGUGUAUCAUACCUUUACUUGUAUCAACAAACAUGACUCAUGGUAUUGAGACUAAUGCCUUUGUGAAGACACCUGAACACUUUGCAAGCUCCGCUCUGAACACUGUUGGCAUCAGCAGCAGGAACAAUGGAUGCUUAGCUCAUGCCUUACAGCAUUACUUCAUGGCUUUUUUCCAAGAAUUACUCCGACUGCCUACCCUUGGGAUUAUAGUCACUCAGAUAAUACACAGGAACAUGAAAGUGCUUGCUCAGCAGAAAAUGAUGACAGGUCCAAAGAAGGAAGCAUAGCCAAUGAGAAAACCUGAGGAUCACAACUAAAUAAUGGCAGCUCUGCCAAAACGAGGCAAAGAGUCAAAAAUGCACAUAUUUCUGAAAGAUAGUUAUGGCCUAAAUUUAAAUAAGACUGUAUUAUGGUUAAUUCACAGUUUGACAAUUUUCUACUUCAUCCAUUGACAGCAGUAAACUUACCUAUACUAUUUUUUCUGAUUUAAAUGGUGCCUGGAUUAAUGUUAACGUGUGUUUUUAUCAUGGAUUAAUUGACUAAUUCUUUCCUGGUGAGUUUUACAUGCUUGCAGUUUGAUGAAUGAGUUCUGUUCAUAAAUAUAAUACUACAGCUUCUUUAAAGAAUUCUGGGGGGUGCCUUGACCCCCACUUUGACAAAAUUGUUACUGUGUUCUACAUAAAAAUAUAUAAUGCAAUAAACAUUAAAAGUAGAUAUUUUGUUGUCUGAACAGAUCAAAAAGUUAAUCAUCCCACUAGUUGCACUUUUAGGUGCCUGGCUAAUAAACAGUUUAUUUGUU